GAAAUGCGAGGAGAGGGGAGAGGGGAGAGGGAGAUUCGUUUUGUUCUUUUAAAAAAAUGUCGUUUAGAUAAAGCAGUCCCAGAAACUACGAGAGUGGCUUUUGCUUGCAGUGUAACACGAAAAUGGAGUUGAACAGAGUGUGACCUAAAAAGGUGAAAAAUUGGUAACACAAAAAUACUUAAAAUUCAAAAUUUAAUACACCGUUCAAUUCAAUUCCAAUUUGUGAUUCCCUCUCUUAAUUGUUUAAGUCCAUGUCGCUGGCAUCAUUCUCCAUGCUCCGCCACCGCGCGGUGGCUUCCGCCGCGCCGCUCCUUCUGCGCCGCUUCCGGUGUUUCUCAAUCGCCGCCGGACAACAAAACCCUAACAAGCAUCAACAAGCAGCGCUGAGCAAGAACCUGUGGAAGGCGAAGCAAACCUUGAAGGAGUAUUCAUCUCUAGCUCCCGUUCUCUCCCUCGAAGACAAUCCUCCUCUCUCUGAAUCGCAAGCCAUUGGUGUUGUGGCAGCUUCGCAGGCGAACUUCAUGCGCGUCAUUGUUCCCGAAGAAGGUUCUGGAAGCUUCCAUGGAGUUGAGAUUCUCUGUGUGGUAAGGGCGCUGUUGAAGAAGAUAAAGCGGAGGGUGAUGGUUGGGGACAAGGUUCUGGUAGGUUCUGUGGAUUGGGUGGAUCGUAGGGGCAUGAUUGAGAAUGUGUUCCAGCGAAGUUCAGAGAUUCUUGACCCUCCCGUUGCCAACGUUGACCAUUUGCUGGUUCUGUUCUCGCUCGAUCAGCCCAAGGUUGAACCAUUCACGCUGACACGGUUCCUGGUCGAAGCUGAGUCCACUGGAAUUCCCUUAACCCUGGCACUUAACAAGAUAGAGCUUGUGGAUAAAGAGACCGUGGAUUCCUGGAAGGCUAGGGUACGUGGCUGGGGUUAUGAACCAGUUCUUUGCAGUGUGGAAUCUGGAUAUGGACUUGAUCUUCUUGCAUUUAAGUUGAGAGAUCAAACUACGGUGAUUGUGGGUCCUAGUGGAGUUGGGAAGUCUAGUUUGAUCAAUGCCCUAAGAAGUAAUCCUCGUGUUUCUGAUGCUGCAGAAGGGGAGAAUUGGUUUGAGCCUAUUUUAGGAAGUAAGUGGCUUGAGGAUCAGCGAGUUGGGGAGGUUUCGACAAGAAGUGGCAGAGGGAAGCAUACUACUCGCCACGUCUCUCUGCUUCCACUGUCGGGAGGGGGUUUUCUUGCUGAUACUCCUGGAUUUAACCAGCCUAGUUUAUUGAAAGUGACGAAGCAGUCUCUUGCACAAACGUUUCCUGAAAUCAGGAAAGCACUCAGUACUGACAAGCCUGCUAAAUGUGCGUUUAACAAUUGCUUGCAUGUGGGUGAACCUGGGUGCAUUGUGAAGGGGGAUUGGGAAAGAUAUUCAUUUUACUUUCAACUUCUGGAUGAAAUCAGAAUACGGGAGGAGUUCCAGUUGAGGACAUUUGGAACCAAAAGAGAAGGCGAUGUAAGGUUGAAAAUGGGAGACAUGGGUGUUCAGCAAGCAGAACCAAGGCUGGAGCCCAAGAAGCAUAGGAGACAAUCUCGGAAGAGAAUUAACCAGUCAAUUUUGGAUGAAUUGAAUGAUGACGACGAUUUGAUUGACGAGGAGAAUGACCCCGUUUUAAGGGCGCUGAGAAAUGAAAACUCUUAAGAAAUUUGUUAACCUUAGGAGGGUUCAUUGUAUAUAGGUCCUUUCUGCGCUUUCCGCAUGUAUCUCGGGUUCAACUUAUUUGCUUUCACCGAAGUUCAUGUUCUUUUUUUACCCAAAAGUCUUCUGUCACGUUGAUUCAAUCGUGUACAGAGUCUGUACAAAUGUCACCGCUUGACUCACUUUUCUGAAUUCUGAAUUCUAAAGGUUGAUCCAUGCUUGUCACCCAUAAUUGAAUUAAGAGCAACAUUAACCCUUGUG